AUGAGCGGCCAGAACUACAUUGGUUCAAAGAUUUCGCUUAUUAGUCUGAGUGAUAUACGAUACGUUGGCAUCUUGCACAAUAUCAACCUAGUAGAAUCUACGGUUGCAUUACAGAAUGUCAAAUCUUAUGGUACGGAGGGUCGAAAAGAUAGUCCAAGCGAAGAGAUUCCUCCAUCAAACAACACAUUUGAUUACGUUGUGUUUCGUGGCUCAGACAUAAAGGAUCUCCAGGUCUUUGAGGCCCCUCCUUCUUUCCAAUCAGAGCAGAUGCAGAAACCGGUGCAGCAACCCAAGCCUGUCGUGGAGCCGGUUGUUAAUGCGGCACCAUACAAUUACCCUCCGUCCAAUAUUGCACCGUACUAUUCAACCCCGAAUAUGUUUCCUAAUAGCAAGAACAGUUCCACUGAUUACACGGCUACGUAUGGCACUACGUCCAAUCAUUGGCAAGGUAGCGGAAAUGCUGCUGCAUACAAUCCUUACCUUCAGCAACCCCGCUACCAGAUGCCAGUGCCUGAGAAUUACCAAACGGUUCCUAGUGCACCUCCUGCAGCGGCUAUAUCUGAUUUGAAUAUGAAUGAGAAUGGCGCCAGUCCUCCCUCAAAGAAAGAGUACAAAGUUGAAGAAGAAAAGACUGUGGCAUCGCCUAAAAAAGAGAUACUUCUUAUGAAUUUAACGUCUACAAGCAUGCAAGUAAAGGUCAGUCAAGAGAAGGAGGAAGUAGCACCUGCCAUUGAGCAAGUUGACAAGGCGCUCUUAAAUUCAUUGGUAAAGCAAGUAUCAGAUCUGGAUAUCAAGCAGCCACUCAUUGUAAAUAAGCAAAAGUCGCCUGUGAGACAACAAAAGCAGCAGCAGCAACAAACUCAAGUCAACGGUGGUAACAAUGCUCGAGUGCCAGCAGGUAGUAACAGCAAUGGCAACCGCGGAAGAAGGAACAGUGCUAGAAUUCCCACCAAGAAUCACUCUACUCGCACGAAUGGAAAUGCCAACAGUGCUUGGGAGCCCAACAACAUCAAUGGUAAUCGAAAUGUGAACAAUGGGCAACGCAAUUCUUCUGGCAAUACUCAUCGACGCAACAGCAGCAUCGUCAUUCCCAAAUCAGAUUUUGAUUUCGAAUCUUCUAACGCCAAAUUUGACAAGAGUGACAUGAAUGUCAUUGACGACGUCAGGCAAGUAAAUGAGGAGGAAACCGUCAUCAUCCCAGAAGCAGAUCACUUUUACGACAAGAAGAAGAGUUUCUUUGAUGAUAUUUCAUGUGAAUCAAAGGAAUAUCAAAAAGGUACUCGCGGAGGAAAGUACAAAGAGGAGAGCAUGCUCAAUUUAGAGACAUUUGGUCAAGCCAACCCUGCUGGUCAAAGUGGAAAGAGGAAUCGCCAUCGAGGCGGUAGAGGUGGUAGGGGCCGUCAACAUCGAAGUGGUAGAGGAAAAGCCCCUUCUUCUACAGAGAAUAGCAAUGCUCAAGACGAAGUAUAA